GGGUGGGUAGGUAGACAAUUUGAGGGUAUCCCACAUUUGUCUGCAACUGGACUUCUGAGCAUAGACUAUAUUCUGGGCUAUAUCUUGACUCCAUAUUCCUGGGAAAGUGCUCGACUGAGACCUUGGGAGUCUUGGGAAGUCCAAUGGGUGGGGUAGUCAAAUCCAAGGGCUGCUCCCUGAGGGCACUGGGCAGUAAUUGGGGCGUGGGAUGGGCGUGAGGGCCCUGGUCCCUAAAGUUGCCCACUCUGCCCGCCCGAAGGCCUCCAGCCGCCAGCAUGCGGCUGCCACGCUUCUCCAGCAGGACAGUGACCGUGCUCCUCCUGGCACAGACCACCUGCCUCCUGCUCUUCGUCGUCUCCCGGCCAGGGCCUUCAUCCCCAGCGGGCGGCGAGGAGCGCGUGCACGUGCUGGUGCUGUCCUCGUGGCGCUCAGGCUCGUCCUUCGUGGGCCAGCUCUUCAGCCAGCACCCCGACGUCUUCUACCUGAUGGAGCCCGCGUGGCACGUGUGGACCACCCUGUCGCAAGGCAGCGCCGCAACGCUGCACAUGGCCGUGCGCGACCUGAUGCGCUCCGUCUUCCUGUGCGACAUGGACGUGUUUGAUGCCUACAUGCCACAGAGCCGAAACCUGUCCGCCUUUUUCAAUUGGGCAACGAGCCGCGCGCUGUGCUCGCCGCCCGCCUGCAACGCCUUUCCCCGAGGCGCUAUCAGCAAGGAGAACAUGUGCAAGACACUGUGCACGCGGCAGCCCUUCAGCCUGGCCCGGGAGGCCUGCCGCUCCUACAGCCACGUGGUGCUCAAGGAGGUGCGCUUCUUCAACCUGCAGGUGCUCUACCCGCUGCUCAGAGACCCCGCACUCAACCUGCGCAUCGUGCACCUGGUGCGCGACCCGCGGGCCGUGCUGCGCUCCCGGGAGGCGACGGGCCCACUACUGGCACGCGACAACGGCAUCGUGCUGGGCACCAACGGCAGGUGGGUGGAGGCCGACCCUCAGCUGCGCCUGAUGCGUGAGGUGUGUCGCAGCCAUGUGCGCAUCGCGGAGGCCGCCGCACGCAAGCCGCCACCCUUCUUGCGCGGCCGCUACCGCCUGGUGCGCUUCGAGGACCUGGCUCGGGAGCCGCUGGCAGAGAUCAGAGCACUCUACGCCUUCACCGGGCUGACCCUCACGCCCCAGCUCAAGACCUGGAUCCACAACAUCACCCACGGGUUGGGGAUCGGCAAGCCAAUCGAGGCCUUCCACACUUCGUCUAGGAAUGCGCGCAACGUCUCCCAGGCCUGGCGCCACGCGCUGCCCUUCACCAAGAUCCUGCGCGUGCAGGAGGUGUGCGCCGACGCGCUGCAGCUGCUGGGCUACCGGCCUGUGUACUCUGAGGACCAGCAGCGUGACCUCACCCUGGAUCUGGUGCUGCCACGAAGCCCAGACCACUUAAGCUGGGCGUCACAUGACUGAGAACUCUGGGCCUUAGAGCAGGCCUCGAAUUGUGGUUGCCAGGCCCAGGAGGCGACUGCACGGUGGAGAGGGAGCUGGGAUGCAUGGGGAAGCAGGUCCCUACUUUGAACUGGGAGUUUGGGGUCCUCCCCU